UAAGGCGAUGGAUAAAAACGAAACUAUUAGAAAUAGUGUUAGACAUGGGUGGUGACAAAAAACUAUAACACAAACUAAAAGCCAUGCUAAAUCUAAAACCCAGAAUAAAGCACCCAAUUUCCCAUUUCAUCAAACACUUCAAUUCUUGGGCUUUAGCCAUAAAAAAUGCUCACUCACCCAAUGAAGCCUUGCACUUCUACUCUCAAAUGCACCGCCAAUCACCUUCCUUUGAUAGCUUUUCAAUCCUCUUCACGCUCAAAUCCUGUACCCAUUUGCGAAACCUCAACGUUAUUCACCACCUCCACUCACAUGUCCUCAAACUGGGCUUCAUUUCCCACGUAUAUGUAGCCACAUCUCUCCUCCAUGCGUACGUUGUCACGUCGUUUGGGCUUGGUUGUAAACUGUUCGAUGAAAUGCCUGAGAAAAAUGUCGUCACUUGGAAUACGAUGAUAACUGGGUAUUCUAAGUCUGGAAAUGUUGACAAAGCGAGGGGCGUGUUUGAUCUAAUGCCAUUAAGAGCUGUUUCCUCGUGGUCUGCGAUGAUUGCUGCGUAUAUGAACGAUGGGGAUUACGAUCGCGGGUUGGCGCUUUUUCGUGAAAUGAUGAGGAACGAGGGGCUAAAACCGGACCAAGUGACUGUGGGGUCGGUUCUUUCGGGGUGUGCUCACUUGGGUUCUGUUGGUUUGUUGAUUGGGAAAUCGGUUCAUGUAGUUACAGUUAAAAAUGGGUGGGAGUUGAAUGUGGAUAUUGGGACAAUUUUGGUUGAUAUGUAUGCAAAAUGUGGUUUCUUGAAUUAUGCUAUUAUGGUUUUUGAGUUGAUGAAGGAAAGGAAUGUGAUGGCGUGGACUGCAUUGAUUUGUGGGUCGGCACAACAUGGUUUUGGCAAAGAAGCACUGUGUUUGUUUGAGAUGAUGCAAAAAAAUGGUGUGAGACCUAAUGAGAUGACUUUCACAGGGAUUCUUAGCGCAUGUGCGCAUACCGGAUUAGUAGAGGAUGGGCGCAAACAUUUCAAGAUAAUUGAAGAGUAUGGAUUGGAGCCUAGAAUUCAGCAUUAUGGAUGCAUGGUUGACUUGUUUGGUAAGGCAGGGUUGUUGGAGGAAGCGUAUGAGGUUAUUAGGACCAUGAGAUUCGAGCCCAAUGUGGUUAUCUGGGGCUCGUUCCUGGCAGCUUGUAAGGAGCAUAAGAAGUUUGAUAUGGCUGAGAGAGUGAUUGAACAGGUGUUAAGAAUGGUAAAGCCAGAGAAUGAUGGAGGGGUUUUUACACUUAUUUGUGAUUUAUAUGUGUUGAAUGAGAAGUGGGAUGAUGCAGAGAGGGUGAGAAAAUUAAUGCUUAAUAAAAAUGUAAGGAAAGCCAGGGGAUCUAGUUUCACAAAAGUGGGAUUAUAGAUGAUUUCAUUUCUAGCUGUCCUAAGGCUAACAUCAAUCUUCUUGUGAGAGUUAUAAAAACUGCUCUCUCUACAGGUUGAACUUCUAAUACGUUUAAGCGGUGCUCUCGUUUGCAAGCAACAAUCUUGGUUCAUGAAUAUCUAAUGUGCUCAAGUUAUUUUCUUUGACACUAUUCUUUAUUUCAAAGAACAAUAAAAGAUGAAAGAGAGAUACAUUGAUGGAAGAGGAAGAAUUACAUUGAUGGAAGAGGAAGAAUUACAGAGUUCAUUUACUCUAGAGUCUGUAAGGCUUUGAAAUAUCUUAUUUUUUGAAGAAAAUAAGGAAUACACAGGGAUUAUUUUCAUACCAACUUGAAGCUAAUUGGAUGACACAUUGCAUAGUUGCAAUAGCUAUAUUUUGAAUAAAACUGCCAUUGGCUGGGCAGAUGACUAACUCAGCUGCAUAAAAUUCAGACUCUUAAUCUGUUUCCUUUCUUUCAAUCAAAAUUGAUUCGAUUUGAGAACUUGAAAUUGAUGUAAUCAUAAAACUUUUGUGUUCCAUGAUUUAAGGUAAUCACUUCUCCCUUGAUCUUGGGAAGAAAAUGAUGGUUCUUUGUCUCUUGGUGUCAAUCCUUCCAUUUGGAUUCAAAAUCUUA